CACUUCUCGGCCCAGGAAGGGCAAAGGAGAGACGUAAAAUCAGCUUCUCGCUACUCUCCACUCGGACAACAAGGCCUCAAAGGGUCUUCCAUCCUCUCUCCUGUACACGGUAUUUUGGGGACCGAGAAACAAAACUUUUCCCAAAUGAAGAGAACUCACCUGUUUGUUGUGGGGCUCUAUUUGCUGUCCUCUUGCAGGGCAGAAGAGGGGCUGCAGUUCCCCAUAUAUGAUGGCAAGGACAGAGUGGUAAGUCUUUCCGAGAAGAACUUCAAGCAGAUUUUGAAGAAAUACGACGUGCUGUGCCUCUACUACCACGAGCCUGUGUCUUCAGAUAAGGUCGCGCAGAAGCAGUUCCAGAUGAAAGAAGUCGUGCUGGAGCUUGUGGCCCAGGUCCUGGAACAUAAAGAUAUAGGCUUCGUGAUGGUGGAUGCAAAAAAAGAAGCCAAGCUCGCCAAGAAACUGGGUUUUGAUGAACAAGGAAGCUUGUAUGUUCUUAAGGGUGAUCGCACAAUUGAGUUUGAUGGCGAGUUUGCAGCGGAUGUCUUGGUGGAGUUUCUCUUGGAUCUAAUUGAAGACCCAGUGGAGAUCAUCAACAGCAAACUGGAAGUCCAGGCCUUUGAACGCAUUGAAGACCAGAUCAAACUCAUUGGCUUUUUCAAGAGUGAGGACUCAGAAUAUUACAAGGCUUUUGAAGAAGCAGCUGAGCACUUCCAGCCUUACAUCAAAUUUUUUGCCACCUUUGACAAAGGGGUUGCAAAGAAAUUGUCCUUGAAGAUGAACGAAGUUGACUUCUAUGAGCCAUUUAUGGACGAGCCCAUUGCCAUCCCUGACAAACCUUACACAGAAGAGGAGCUCGUGGAGUUCGUGAAGGAACACCAAAGACCCACUCUACGUCGCCUGCGCCCAGAAGAGAUGUACGAAACAUGGAAACAAGGACUUCCUCUCAUAUAA